GCUGGUGUCUGGCAUAGAGUUUAAAUUCCCGAGGUCUGCAGAUGGUAAGCAGAGGAAGAGGAGGCGAGGUAGACGGAGCAUCUCUGGAGCAAGUGAUCUUGGCAUUGCCUUGAGCAGACCUCUUGCCUGAAAUACCCCUUCAGUUCCAGGGCAUCACAAUGAAGAUUGCUAUUCUGUGCUUGUGUCUUUUCACCAUUGCCUUGGCGGGGCCACUCAGAAAAUCAAAAUUCCACCAUGAUUCAGCGAGCACAGAAGAUAAGCAUGACUCCAGGGGUCAUCAUGGUCACCGACACCACCACCAUCACAGCCAUUCACAGAGCCAGGAACAUAGCCAUGAGCAUGUGAACAGCCACGAGUCUCAAGAGCAUCAUUCAUCCUCCCAUCAGAGCUCUGAAUCUUCAGAAGAAAGAGAAAUCACUGAACAACAAACCCUUCUGCUACCUUCUGGUAAGAGUAAGGAAGAUGACCUCAACCAUAGCGACGUGGAUGACCAUGACGAUGUGGACCAUGAUGACGUGGACAGCCAUGAUGACGUGGACAGCCAUGAUGACGUGGAUGACCAUGAUGAUGUGGAUGAUGACACCCACAGCCAUUCAGAUGAGUCCAAUGAAUCAGACAGUUCCGAUCAAGCCGUCACUGAUGUUUCCACUGACAUCCCUUUUACUCCAUUUGCCACACCUGGCCCCUUUACAGGCAGAGGUGACAGCCCUUACGGAAUGCUGGCUGCGGAACCAGUGUUUUUGAGGAAGUCCAAAAAGUCUGGAAAGUUCGAUUCUCAUGACACCACAGAGGAAGUUGACAACUCAUCACACGUGGAAAGCAAUGAGUCCCCCUCUUCUGAAAGUCCAGAUACUAGUGUAGAAUCAGAGGACAAAAGUAACUUGCAUGACAGCAAUGAGGUCCACAGUGCAUCCCACCAGAGCGUAGAGAAUGACAGCCUCCAGAAAAGUGUAGAGAAUGACAGCCACCAGAAACUUGACAGUGUUGAGGAUGACCAUGACCACGACCACGACAUAGACAAUGAGAUUGGAUACUAAGUGACAACCAAAGCAUGGUCCAAAGAAACACGCUUAUCUGAGAGAAUCCCUCCUGGAUUUUUGCAUAAGUGGGCGCAUAUAGGAUUGGAACCCAAAGCCAUCUAUUUUUUUUUCUUUUGCUGAGUUAGAGAGAAGGUCAAUACAAUUCUUACUUGAAUAUCUGCUGCCAGUUAUAUACACAUCAGAAGGCUAAUUGCAAGCAGUAGCAGUUGCUGGCAGUGGAUAUUGCUAACCAAGCAGAUAUGCACCUUAAUCCUCUGCAUGUUUCCUUGGAAUCAGUUCCUGCCACACUGAAUGGGGCUUAUUGCCAAGUUAAAAAAAAAUUAGGGUUGCAUCCUCAAGUGUCCAGUACCAGCUGUCCUGACCAUUAGUAAAUCCUAAGCCCUUCCUGUUGCAUAGUCUUCCGCUCAAUCACAUAGUGGUUUGUUAUGAAGGAAAGAGAGGAAAUGAUAAUAAUGAAGGAAUCUAGUUUUUCACUCAGGCUGAAUGUUACAUCAUAUGAUAUUGUACUUCUAAGGGGUUCGAUAUUGCAAUGUAUAUUUUGUUGAUAAUGGUGAGUUAAAUAAAAAGACAAAAACCUUA